UAUCAUUAAAAUAUUCCAGAGUUUGUUCGAAGAAGGAUCGACGUCGAAGCCUCGAGCGGUGAAGAAGAAGGGAAGCUUCGACGUCGGUGGAUUGUGAUGUCACAAUCAUUUAUUGUUGGAAGUUCUACAAGAUGGUUCAAGUUACCAUGGUUACCAUCGUCGUCAUCGCGUUGUUAGGUGUAGCGCAAGCUAGUACGUCAUCAGCUAUGACGUCAACAGUACGUAGGAGUGGACUGGACUUCCGGUUGGGGAAAUGUAGCGCGGAUGAUUAUUACGUCAGAAUUCAUCUUUGUUCGAAAUCUUUUUACGAAACAGUCCGCCGUAAUGGCGUCGUCGCGCCGAACUGCAGCACCAAAUACUCCACACUGCGGGGUUGUAUGUUGGGUGUUUAUGAUGAUUGUUUGAACGGAACUUUGUUCAACGUGUUGUUGGGAAGAUCGGGUGUAAGGGAACAAGCAAGAAACAACUAUUUAGCGUUCCUCGGUGAUGAAAGGUACUGGUGUACUGAGGGUGGGUUGGGCGUACCAAGAUACAUACACGCUGGUACAAACUGUAACCCUGUAUACGCUCACAUCACCAAGGAUUGUGUGAGGAACUAUCAACGAUUCUUUAACUCAAGAUCUACAUACACUAGGCUGUGUUGGGAAUACCACCGAGGGAAGACGUGUCUUCUACAGAACGCGAUCAACCAUUGUUCGUUCACAACAAUCCCAUUGUCACAGAUGAUGCAAAUGAUUGUUGACGUCACAUUUGAUUAUCAACCUUAUUGUAGAACACGCGUCGAUGUCGCAACUUAUGAUCAGAUGCUACAUAGACAGACGUGUCCACCACGAGCGCAUGCUGACGUCAUAUUCGCCGUUGACGUCAGUUCCGGUACAAGCGACGCGGAAUUUCAAUCGAUGAAAGAAGCCAUCCGCGAUAUCGCGAAAAAAUUGGACUUCGGGAUGUCUGGGAUAAGAAUCGGUUUCGCGCAAUUUCAUGAACGGACAAAGGUUUCUAUCAGGCUUAACAGGUAUCCGAACCUUCGAAGUUUCCAGAGAGGUUUGAAUCGAACUCGACGAAUCUACACGUUACGUCAUCAACGUCACACCGGAAGUGCGUUGCGCUAUCUAGCGGACAAUAUAUUCGACCUUGAGAGCAACCGAUCGGUGAUACGCCCCUUUCACACCCCUCUGUGUGUUGUUAUGACGACCGGAGCUAGUGAUGACGUCACGGAGGCGGAGGCCGUGAGGACGCUCGUGGAAAGAAACGUGCACGUAGUUCGCAUGGGACCUCAUUAUUCAAACAACAAUGCUGAUAGUGAUGUCACAAUGACGGUUGAUGACACAUUGAACUUCACGUCAUCGUGUGGGGAUGUGGUUGAGGAAGUUUGUUUCGCUGAAAGAUUAUACCGCGACAGUAUACGCAGCACCCCCAGUCAAGCAACAACAUCAGCACCCAUGGAUUUUCUCAACAGAAUCCUCAGCCUUGGAAGUCAAGCCCACCUCCCCCUACUAUGGCAACCCCAGCCCCUCAUAUUCCAUCCCUUCAGUAUUUCAUCGGUGCAGGAGGACGCUAGAGGGGUUGGCACGGGGUUCAACAUAUCCGAGUUUGCUCCCCUGCAAGAGCGCGUACCCGAAUCUUUUCCUCACUGAAAACUAUUUUUACCUCUUUGUUGAAAAGUACGAUGGGAAUUCCCCUCAGAGAGCGGCAAUUAUGAUGUCAUAGUAGCAUGCCAUAGAAAUAAUAUUUAUUUGUCAUUUUUCUUUUUGUUUCGUUAUUGUGAUGUCAUACUAACACGUUGUUGAUAUUCAUUAUGAUGUCAUAAUGCACAUCGUUAAGUGCUUAGUCAUGCUAUUGAUAACGAUCGAUGUCAUAAAGACCCAUUGUCUUCGUACACACACAGACGCGCAUUAGUGUGACAGCGACAACAAACAAAUCAACGAAUUAUUUGUUAUCUCCAUGUUAGAUCAACCAUAGAUAUCUUUAAUAAUGCUGUUUACACGAUCUCGGAUAAAAUGUAUUUCAACGCUUAAUAUUUACAAUGAUGACAUCAUAAUAUCUGGAUGAUGUCAUAUUCACUUCACAAAUCACAAUAAUUUAAUGUCAUAAUAUCUUGAUGACAUCACAAUAGUUGAUGAUGUCAUACAGGCAUAGAUUUUGAAACAGUUUUUGUAACAGCGCUCGUAAAAAGUUGGGAAAUGAAUUUCAAACCAGUUUGACCUCCAGGUAUGUAAGAGACCAGGUACCUGUAAGUGGGGUGUUAAAGUUGGUGACAUGUAGGGGGUAUGUUAAAGUUACUCACCAUAGCAAAGCAACCACUUGAAUAAUUGCCGCGAUUAUCGUUAAACUGGAACUUUUCAUUCCCAUUGAAAAAUAUAAAGUUGCAAACAAUGAAAUAAAAUACGAAAAUGUGAA